AUUGUUCUCUGGAAUAAAGAUGAAGAUGAAGAGAAAAGGAGACAAGGGGUUAAUGAUUGCAAACAAGGGAGCAGUAGAGGAGCAGAAAUCUGGAAGUUUGCAGCAUGAGGUUGUGGGUGGUCAAGAUGGGGAACAAGAAGACAUGGUGUAUGAUGACACUGGCUCUGUUUGUAGCUUUGGAGUCUCAGGCUCUUGGAGCAAAAGAGCCAAGGUGCAAUUGAAGAUCCAUGAAAUGGAAACGAAGUCCCAGAAUUACCAGAUUGCCAUAACCAUCAUUGAAGCCCGGCAGCUCGUUGGUGAGAACAUAGAUCCAGUGGUGAUUAUAGAAAUUGGGGAUGAAAAGAAGCAGACAACAGUCAAAGAAGGAACCAAUGCGCCAUUUUAUAAUGAAUAUUUUCUGUUUGAUUUCAUUGGGCCCCAAGUUCAUCUCUUUGACAAAAUUAUCAAAAUCUCCGUUAUGCAUAACAAGCUUAUAGGGAGUGUACUGAUUGGCUCCUUCAAAGUAGAUCUGGGGACCGUUUACAAUGAACCAGGUCAUCAGUUCUGUGACAAGUGGGCCCUUCUCACAGAUCCAGCUGACAUUAGGACAGGCGUCAAGGGAUACCUGAAAUGUGACAUCAGCGUUGCAGGGAAAGGAGACACGAUACAAGCGGCUCAGAAAGGAAGUGAUGCAGAAGAGCAGAUAGAGAAAAACCUCUUGAUUCCGAAAGGAUUUCCGUCAGAAAGACCUUGGGCUAGAUUUUACGUGAGAAUCUACAGAGCUGAGGGGCUUCCAAAAAUGAACUCUAGCAUCAUGGCCAAUGUCACAAAAGCAUUCAUAGGUGAUAGUAAGGACAUGGUGGAUCCGUUUGUGCUUGUCACAUUUGCAGGUCAAAUGGGAAGGACCACAGUGCAAAAAAACUGUGCUGAUCCUGUGUGGCAUGAACAGAUUGUCUUUAAAGAAAUGUUUCCCCCAUUGUGCCGGAGAGUCAAAAUCCAAGUGUGGGAUGAAGGCAGCGUGAAUGAUGUGGCUUUGGCAACUCACUUCAUAGACCUGAAGAAGAUCUCAAAUGAACAGGAUGGUGAUAAAGGUUUCUUGCCUACUUUUGGACCUGCUUGGAUCAAUCUCUAUGGUUCACCCAGAAACCACACCUUGAUGGACGACCAUCAGGAACUCAACGAAGGUUAUGGGGAAGGUGUCUCUUUUAGGGGACGUCUUCUAAUUGAGCUUGCAGUGGAAAUCCUCUCUGGUUCAGCCCAUGAAUCAAAGUUCUCAAAGAUCAUCAAGGAUGUGAAACUGUCUUCCAAGGACAAAGAUUCCAAAAGUUCAAAAGGGACUGGAAAAGACAAAGGGGCAGAAGAUGGCAAGUCACCUGCCCCUUCAGAUAAAACAAAUUCAACAGAUGUGGAAGUGGAACCCUUUGAUGUGCCCCCUGAGAUCCAUGAAGAACAACUUGAGGAAUUCCUCCUCUUUGGGGCAUUUUUUGAAGCAACAAUGAUUGACAGGAAGGUUGGAGAUAAGCCAAUAAGCUUUGAAGUGUCUGUUGGGAACUUUGGAAAUGUGAUCGAUGGAGUAUCAUCUGGAGCCAAAGGGAAAAAGAAGACCCAUGAAGGUGAAGAGGAAGAAGGUGCCCCUUUAUUGCAUGAAGGAAAAGAAGAAGGUUCACAUGACAUUGCAAUGCCUCUGAUAUCUACCACACCUCCUGAAAAGCCAUUAAUCACUGAAGGAAACAGAAACUACCUUUACUUGCCUUAUGGUGAGAAGAAGCCUUGUGUCUACGUCAAGAGCUUUUGGGGGGAUCAAAUCUUUAGGCUGUAUUUCUCAAAUAUCCUGGAAAAAAUGGGAGAUCUCUUGGAAGAAGGUUUAGAACAAGUGAAAGAUCUAAUUAAAGUUUCUGAGAUUGCAUCAGAAGAGAAAAUGAAGUCGACUCUGACUGAUCUUAUCAACCAAAGUAGGGCCUUUAUCACAAAUGCUGAGAAAAAGCCCAAACUGAUGAAUCGGACAGCUUUGGAUAAAAAAAGACUGACAUUGUGCAAGCAAGAAUUGGAAGCCAUGUUGAAAGAUGCUAAAGGGAUUCUCCAACAGCAAAAAAAGAAGAUUUCACUAGAUGAAAUGAUGCGUGAAACACAAAACUUUAUAGAGAAGAUUCGGUUCUUAGUUGAUGAGCCUCAACACACGGUGCCCGACGUGUUUAUCUGGAUGCUGAGCAACAACAAAAGAAUUGCCUAUGCAAGAAUCGGAGCCAAAGACGUGCUGUACUCCCCUGUGGAUGAGAAAAGGGGCAAGCAUUGUGGGAAGAUUAAAACCCACUUCUUGAAACUGCCAGGGAAAAGGCCUCCAGGGUGGAAUGUCCACGGAAAAGUUGACACUUAUAUCUGGCUUGGCCCUGCUAACUACGCCUAUACUAUUUUGGACAACUUACCAGUUGGAUAUGAAACAGAAACACCUUUAGCAGCAAGUACAGAACACCAUCCUGCUCCCUCCCCUGUCAAUCUGAUCUACAAAACCAAGAAUAUCUUUCAGCUGAGAGCUCACAUGUAUCAAGCAAGAGGACUUAUUGCUGCUGACAGCAGUGGUCUUUCAGAUCCUUUUGCCAAAGUUACUUUUGUUUCUCACUGCCAGACCACAAAGAUCAUUCAGCAAACUUUGUCUCCUACUUGGAAUCAGAUGUUGCUUUUUAAUAAUAUUGAGCUCCAUGGUGAUGGCAAAGAAAUUGUUGAAUUCCCUCCUGUGAUCAUUGUGGAACUCUACGAUGACGAUGCGGUGGGAAAAUCAGAAUAUAUUGGUGCAACUGUGGCUGCCCCAGGAACAAAGCUGGUGGGGGACCAAUAUGAGCCCCCAAAGCUUACUUACCACCCACUAUACUGUGGCAAUCUUUCCGGAGGAGAUCUUCUUGCUGCAUUCGAGCUGCUUCAGGUUUCUGAUUCUGGCCCAGAAAACCUUCCACCUCUUGAUCCUCCAGAUGCCAGCCUAAUCUAUCCAGUCCCAGCCAACAUCCGACCUAUAUUAAGUAAAUACAGAGUAGAGGUUCUAUUCUGGGGUCUUCGGGAAUUGAAGAAAGUGCAGCUUCUCUCCGUUGAUCGCCCCCAAGUCAUCAUUGAAUGUGCUGGCAAAGGAGUGAAAUCCUGUGUGAUCCAGAGCUACAAAAAUAAUCCCAAUUUUAAUGUCCUGACAGACUGGUUUGAAGUGGAAUUGCCCGAAAAUGAACUUUUGCACCCUCCACUAAGCAUUUGUGUGGUUGAUUGGAGAGCCUUUGGCCGUAGUACUCUGGUUGGGACCCACACUGUCAACUGCCUUAAGCAGUUUUUGUUUAAGCCCAAGGAACCUCUUGUUUCCUCAGCUAAAGAGGCUGACAUCAUAGAAAUUGACAAAGCUUCACCUGCUCCAGCACAACCUCAGACAACUCAACUUCCGCCACCUCCAGCAGAUCACAUUUAUGUUGAUGUGGAACAUGGCGAGCCUGCUGUAGCCCUCCCAAAACCUGAGACAGCAGCAGUAGGUCCUCCCCCACUACCUCCUCUACUACCAGCAGCUCCUUCACUGAAACCUUCACCAGCAUCUACCUCUAAACCUUCAAAAGAUGGGAAACUAAAAGGCUCCAGAAAAUCAAUUUACCGCUCUACCAAGAGAAAAAAGAGAACACUCAUUGAUGAAUCUGCUGAAAAUGUCAUUGAUUGGUGGUCAAAGUAUUACGCUUCGAUACAAAAGGUGCAAAAGGCAAAAGUCCUUGAUUUCAGUGAUGGAAAACCAGGAACAUCAAAACAGAAGACAGACCAUGUAGCCUUUAGCACUGAAGAUGAGCCUGACAAAAAGAAGAAAGAGAAAUUGCUGAAAAUCAAAGUGAAAGAGAUACCUGCCAAUCUAGCAACGAUGGAGAUCUAUGAUGGUGACUUAGAGAGCGAAUUCAACAAUUUUGAAGACUGGGUAAAAACAUUUGAACUCUUCCGAGGCAAAAAUACUGAUGAAGAUCAUACUGAUUUUGAAGAGAGGAUAAUAGGGAAAUUUAAGGGCUGCUUCUGCAUAUACAAAGCUCCUGAAGACUGCAGCUCAGGAGAUGGAGGUCCACCUAAAAUUCUGCAAGGUCUACCCCCAAAUCAGUCUGUGAAAGUUCUAAUCAGAGUAUACGUCGUAGCAGCCUUUAAUCUUAGUCCAGCUGAUCCUGAUGGUAAAUCUGAUCCUUAUAUUGUGGUGAGACUGGGGCAAACAGAAAUUAAGGAUCGAGACAAUUACAUCCCAAAGCAACUAAACCCAAUUUUUGGGCGGUCGUUUGAAAUUCAGGCAACUUUCCCCAAAGAAUCCUUGCUUUCGGUCCUGAUCUAUGACCAUGAUUUGAUCGGUUCAGAUGACCUCAUUGGAGAAACUAAAAUCGAUCUGGAAAACCGUUUCUACAGCAGGCACAGAGCGACUUGUGGAUUGCAAGGCCAGUAUGAAAUUGAAGGAUACAAUGCCUGGAGAGAUGCAAUCAAACCAACUGAAAUCUUGGGCAAGUUAUGCAAAGAUAACAGACUGAAUGGGCCGAUCAUGCAACCUGGAAAGAUACAAAUAGAGAACAAGAUCUUUACAGGGCAGACAGUCUUCCAGGAAGAUGAAUGUGAGGAGCCGGUAGAAUCAUAUGAACACCUUGCUCUGAAAGUUUUACGUUCCUGGAAUGACAUUCCAGAGGUUGGAUGUAAGUUGGUGCCCGAACACAUCGAGACAAGGCCUCUCUAUCACAAGGAUAAACCUGGCAUGGAACAGGGUCGUGUGCAGAUGUGGGUGGAUAUAUUUCCUAAAGAUAUGCCUCUUCCAGGCCCUCCUGUUGAUAUUUCACCUAGAAAGCCCAAAGGUUACGAACUAAGAGUAAUAAUCUGGAAUACUGAAGAUGUCAUUCUGGAGGAUGAGAAUAUCUUCACAGGACAAAAAUCAAGUGAUAUCUAUGUAAAAGGGUGGUUGAAAGGCCUUGAAGAUGAUAGACAGGAGACAGAUGUCCAUUACAACUCCUUGACAGGAGAAGGGAAUUUCAACUGGCGCUUUGUGUAUCCGUUCCACUAUCUCCCGCCUGAAAAACAAAUGGUUGUCUGCAAGAGAGAAAAUAUAUUUUCCUUGGAAAAAACAGAACGCAAAAUGCCUCCAGUAUUGGUUCUCCAAGUGUGGGACUUUGAAAGACUGUCUUCUGAUGACUUUCUGGGCUCUCUUGAAAUGAACUUGAAUGGCUUUCCUCGAGCAGCGAAAUCUGCCAAGCGUUGUGACAUAAGCAUGGUCAGAGAAACCAGUGAGGAGAACAAGAUUUCCAUAUUUCAGCAGAAACGGGUCAGAGGCUGGUGGCCUUUUAUCAAAGCUGGAGAGCUCACGGGCAAAGUGGAAGCUGAAUUUCAUUUAGUCACAUCCGAGGAAGCUGAAAAAAAUCCAGUCGGCAAAGCUCGGAAGGAGCCAGAACCUUUGGAGAAACCCAACCGGCCCGACACAUCCUUCUCCUGGUUUGUGAAUCCUUUCAAGUGUUUGUAUCAUCUGAUCUGGAGAAAUUACAAGAAAUACAUCAUUAUUGGGCUAAUCUUAAUUAUCUUAGUUAUCUUCUUAGUACUCUUCAUCUACACGCUACCUGGAGCCAUCAGUCGUAGGAUUGUUGUAGGGGGUGCUUAGAAAGGAUCCCUCAACCAUUCAACAUUGUAAAACCAACGUAAAUAAAAACUGGGCUUUUAUUCAUGCUCACAACAUCCUCUUUAUUUCAGGAGAUUUCAGAUACAUACCUCAUGAUGUAGAGGCAUUGAUUUUGUUAGGGUCAAAAUAAACAUAAAGAGCAGAACUAUAUGUUUAAAUUGAAAUACAUUCCAGUUGUGUAGAAAACAUGUCAACAGCUGGCUUAGGAUGUUAAACUUUCUACUUCCUUGUAGCUUAUCUUCCUACAGUGUUCUCUCUCUGAACAUUUCUGUCUCAGAUUAACAAAUAGAUUAGAUUUAUUAAGAUCACAACGUUGGAUAUUAUUAUCAUUCAUUGGAAUUGGUGGGUUACCAUUUUUUAAAAAAACAAUCCAUUAAAAAUUGUGCAAUUGUUUUUGUUCACAAAUUUCCCUAACUUAUAAAGCUUUUAUAAAUUCCUUUUUAAUGCAAA